UAUGGCCCUUAGACUAUGGUCUUUAUAUGUGGCCUGAAACUGAUGUUUCUUAGUUCACAAUUCACAUUAACCCAAACAAACCCCUAACAUUAUUGAAAAUCUAACAAAUAUGGCACCAGGUCAAACCCCAAUCAGUUCUAAACACGUGGCGGUGAUCGGAGCCGGAGCAGCCGGUCUCAUAACGUCUAGGGAGCUCCGUCGUGAAGGUCAUAGUGUAUUCGUGUUUGAACGAGAGAAACAAGUGGGUGGUCUUUGGGUUUACACACCAAAAUCCGAAUCCGACCCGCUUAGCCUCGACCCGACCAGAUCUAAAGUGCACUCGAGCAUCUACGAUUCUCUCCGUACCAAUGUCCCGAGAGAGAGUAUGGGUGUCAGGGACUUCCCGUUUUUGCCACGUUUCGAUGAAGAGUCAAGAGACCCGAGACGGUAUCCAAAUCACAGGGAAGUUCUUGCGUAUGUUCAAGAAUAUGCUAGAGAGUUCAAAAUUGAAGAGAUGAUCAGGUUCGAGACCGAAGUGGUUCGGGUCGAACCGGUUAUCGAGAAAUGGAGGGUCCAGUCAAAAAACCCCGGCGGUGACUUCGAUGAUGAGAUCUUUGACGCAGUCGUGGUUUGCACUGGUCACUAUACAGAACCAAACGUUCCUCAUAUUCCUGGUAAAGAGAUCAGUGGCAUAGUAUUUGUUAUGUUUGAAAUCCAAAGCAAAUGGGUGGCAGCAGUUUUGUCAGGACGGGUUACACUUCCUCCACCGGACAAGAUGAUGGAAGACAUUAAUGAAUGGUAUGCGUCGCUUGAUGUGUUAGGUAUUCCCAAAAGACAUACACAUACAAUAGGCAGAAUUCAGAGUGAGUACCUCAAUUGGGUCGCAAAAGAAUGUGGUUGUGAACUCGUCGAACGUUGGAGAGCUCAAGAAGUUGACGGCGGAUACGUGAGACUUGUCGUCCACCCAGAAACUUACCGUGAUGAAUGGGACGACGAUGAACUCAUAGAAGAAGCGUACCAUGAUUUCUCUAGGAAGAAGUUGAUUAGUUUUGAUUCUUCUUAUUACCUCGAAAACGUAAGAUGAUUUGAGUCAAUAGUGCCUACUUAAUUGUUUUUUUUUUGGUGGGUGGGUUUUAUUUCAAUAGAUUGCCAAAUUAUUGUAACCUUUACGCGGGAGGGUUUGUAAUGCCCCUUACUGUUUUAAUUUAUUUUUGCGGUUGUGUUUAGGUAUUUUAAUCAUUUAGUUUUAAUACAUUUGCAUGAUUUUGUAUUUUAAUAAUGUUGUUGAUUGAUGUCUUUACUCUUUA